CGUCACAGACAAAACUUCAUUAGCACUUGAUUCCCAAUCGCACGUCUACCCUCUUGACCACUUUUCAUGAUUCUGCACAUAGUGACCUAAGUUUGGUAGUCGCCACGGCCUCAUUGGGCGGACUUCGACGGCCACCAAAAGACUCCGUACAUUCCAAUCAACACGUCAUAGCCGGACUACAGGCGACCAUAUCUACUCUGGAUUUCUACUGGAUAACAACACGAGACCUUGAACUGACAUCUAAAUGAGUUCGAGAUCUGCCAGCUGCUCUGCAGCAACACGAGAACCGAUGCAUCCAACAAAGAUUCAGCGAUGGUCGGGCUUGACGCGUACCGUAAACGACUGGGACCACGGUUUGCGAAGGGACCCCGAACUAUGGUAUGAGGAUGGCGACUGCUACAUUCACCUUCAUGCCAGAGGAAUGUCACGUCGUGGCCCGUCUUUCUGCAUUCCUUUUAGAGUCUUGCGACAAAAAAAGUGCGAUUCGAUAAUCAAUCAGUGUGAUGCUCAUUUGGUUUCACUGCAGACAUCGACCUCGCAAAAAUUGAAGCGGGUGCCUAGUUCACUGAUUGAUGCAAACAAGCAACCAAGCACUAUGAAACUUUUCAUACCUGCGCCCGCAGAGGUUGCUCGACAAGACUCUUUCAGAUGGCACAUUACAACUCGUAACUUCUUCGCAUUCUUGCUAGGCAAACCGUUAGUUGGCGACCAUAUGGGCCAGGCUUAUGUGGAUCUCCAAGAAAGAUUAUACCUUUUUCGACCUGACCACCCUAGCAAUGUGCAAGACUUUCUGUCCUACGCCGAAGACCAGGGCUACCGGGACUUGGUCGAAUGUACAGAUUAUGCUCUUGCAAGUUUGUUCUAUGCAGAGCGUUACAAGCUCAGGGAUGUUUGGGUUGAUGCUUUCGCCCAUUGCGUUGGCAUGAACGAAAGUUUGGCCCUCAGCCCAGAAUUUUCAUCUAUCUCAAAACUUACUAAAGCCUUGAUUACUCGAGCUCAUCGCGAAGUCGAUGCCCAUCUCGGGCGCGUGUCUACUGCGCUCAGCAAGUUCUUGCAAGAAGACUUCUCGCCUACAUAUCUUGGGCUGUCAGAUGCUGCUCGAAGCCAUCUCGAUCGAUUCCGCCGUUUCUUGCAUACAUUCUAUGCUGAAAAAUUUGGCUACUGGCCGCCGCCUCGAGGCACUACAUUCCCCAAGGCUCUUUACAAAUCAAUGUACUAUGAUUUCAAGAGCCUCUACGACUAUCUCGUAGACACAACAUCCACUGUCGAUAUUUCUUCUCAAGGGCCGGCGAGUGGUGGGAUUUGUGUUCUGCAGAACGUGCUUACUUUUGACCAGCGGCACAACUUCAGUUCACUGCCACAUCCGUUGCCACUGCUGCCAACAUACAUAUCGCCUUCGAAGAAAUCAGACUCGCACAGGGCGUUACGGCAGCUUACUCUUGCUUCUCAACAUCAAAAAACACACAAGAUCCAUACCAUGAGCGGUGCGUUGAGAGCCGCAACGAAUAUUCUGGACCAACACGUUACAAGCUCGAAGAUUGUUCAGGCAUAUAUCCACUUUGAGAACGCACAUGCCGUCAACGCUUGCCGGCGUCAGGAGAAAAUAACCGUUAUGGACGCGCGCAAAGUCCGGUGGCUCCUCAUUUAUGGUACUCUCCAGUACCUAGUGUCUGCACUUCGGGCUCCAAAGCAGGUCCGCGACUCUGAAAGCUCAGAUUAUCCCUUGUGUUAUAUUGCAGAUCCCACUUCAUCAGCAGCAGAUUGCACAGAUGUGACCCCUUCGCCGGCCCCUUCGUUGAAUAUUUCGCAAGCCAUCGACCAGUACAUUUUGGAGUCGCAAUGCAGCCCUUCGUCUAUUGAACCAGACUGUCAAAGGGAAGAUUAUUUUACUCCAAAAAACCUGAGUCGGCGAGGGUCUAUGGAAGUAUCACCACUUAGGGUUUCUCGACCUGCGCGUCCAUCCUCAGUGCGGUCAUUGUCACAAAUGUCACUGUCCUCUCUGAGCUCUAGGCGGAACAGCCUUACGACGCAGUCCACGCGUCUCUGCGUUAGCAGUACUAAAGUGUUGAACGAAUCAGUGGAGAAAUCUCAACCUUCAAAUAACGACCCGCUUGUUCUUGUUUGCUCUGACCAAUCCACCUCGCCGAUCGUCAUCAAUCGAAGUGGGUCAGAAACAUCUUGGUUCAGGUCGCGCACACCUUCUGUUUCGCGCAGCAAGCGAGCCUCAACAAGGAGCACAGAUGGCUUCCCGAGAACCCCACUACUUGACAGCUCACAACUCGAUCGUUCUGCAAAGGCACUAUCACUCUUAGGCAUAGGAGAGCUCCCCAGCCGGUCGGGCAGCACUAGCUCUACGGGAAGUUCGUUGUGGAGUGAGGGUGUAAGUGCAGCUUCAUCCGAGUCAAGUACAUGCGACGAUAGACACAAGACCAGUGAAGCAGAAGAGAGUGGUCUUCUAGGCGGUCUUGUAUCCAUUGUGACCCCAAUAGACUCGCGAAGGAUUAUGUUACCAACUACACCUCCCGUGUCACAAAGCCACAUACACCCUUCGUUGCGGCAGGAAUCUCGGGGAGACGGGUUCCAAUUCGAGUUCGAUCACAUGAAAUCAGGAGUCAAGCAAGGUCACCAUGAGCCUAAUGAUUUCCAAUCAACCAUUGGCAUGGCCGUGUCGAUGCCUCCAUCAUCCAGCCCCCACGUUUCUCUAGGAACAGAGCCUACACUCACUGAUAUCGAGGCACAUCCUCCAGCCACCAACAAGAGACCGUUCCUUCCACGAUCCGUUUCCAUUCUAUCAGCUCCAGACAGCACAUCUUCUGCAUCUAAUGACAGCCUGGAUACCGUCAAGGCUCAUACAGAGAACUGCUGGGAGCAGUACAAGGCCACACUUACCCAGCAACGAGACCGGUCAAGGUCCGGUAUCGGUUCACGGUCGGAACCUGCCUCUUCUGGAACCUUUAAAGUGCCUUUCUCCCGCCUCUCCAAACCUAGUAAUGAGGACAACCGCGGUGUGAAGAGUGAGCGAAGACUUUCCCAUCUAUGGCGGCGCUAAAUUCUGUUUGAUUUGCUCCUAAAUUCGGGGUUCUUGCACUUUUAGCGACUACCUAUGCGGCGUUCGGCGUACAAAACUUGUCCUAGCAUCUCUGUUCUAUACCCUCAUCAGCAUUAGCAUUUUCAUCUUUUACACAUGUACACCAACAACUAGCAAUAAUGCAUUCACAAGGAAGGAAAAGCGAUCUCUUACCGCCAUCUUGCUCUGCAC